AAUUAUAAAUCUUCUUGUUUUGUAAAUGCCACUGUGGAACGGAGUUUUCCUUAGGCUUUUAUAAAAACUUGAUCCAGAGUAGUGAACUGGUAGGCUUUAUGAAAUGAAGUAGGUAGGCUACUUUAUAAUAACCAUGUCAGUACUAAUUGUAAUUAAGUGACAUUUACGUCAUGCAUAUGUUUUUGUAUGACAGACCAUUAGCGAUGAAAACACGAUUUAAAAAAAAAAAAAAAAAAAAAAAGUCAUUAAAUGUUUAAUUACGAAGUGAAUGCGGAAGGUCCGGUGUUUUUAAUCAGUAUAACUUACGUUAAUCGCGCGCGCCACUUAGCCUACACACAGACAUUAUUUACUUGUAAAAGAUGCAAAUACUACAUUAUUUCUGUCUGUAUUCGACUUGAAAACAAAUAGAUAAAUGUCAAUGCGUUUAUUAAUCAGUCGGAGAGGGAAUAAAUGGUCGCUUUGUGCCCUACAAAAAAUGGCAUUGGCGCAGCACAAGCAAAAUUAGACCAUCGUCAUGUUUCGCAGAGCUUGACUGUUGGAUGACCCAUAGAAUAUGGCAAGUCUACUGUAAAUUCUAACAUCACAGUGAUACGUGAAGGCAACAAGUCCUGCAAGUCACAUUUUGCUCAAUCUGCAGCUAAAUAACGAUAGCGAUGGGUCAACGUAGCUGUCGUUGCAAAGAGGCAGAAAAAGAUUUUGGGCGUGUACAUUUGAAUCAUGGUACAUCGCCACAAUCUUCCACCAGUUUGUUGGAAGUCCACCCACAUCCAGUUAGUGUUGGAGAGGAGAAUGUGGGUGGGGGAAAGAAGAAAGGGAGGAAGGAGGACACCUCUAAAAAGAAAAAGAGGUUCAGGUUGUGGAGGUGGACCUCUUUUUGGAGAGCUGGUCAAAAAUACAACAGAAAGACCAGUUCAGCUCAGAGAGAGGAAGAGGCUCAAGGCACUGAGGCAGCCGCAGUACCAUCUGGAAUAAUUCCUGGUGUUCAGAGUUUUCUACAGCAAGUCAUUUGUAGUGUAGAGAAUCACAAUCAUCAGGAGCCUUUAACCAGUGAUCCUGAAGUCCUUCCAGCAGCAGAAGAACAUCUUGCUGUUCAUCCUGAUGCUGAUGUCCUCCAAUCUCUAUGCAGCGACAAUGUCGCUCAGACUCCAGUUGACACUGCAUCAAACUGGAGUGCUAGCAGCGGCCAGACUCCAGUCCUUCACACCGUGUCCAACUGGAGCAUCAAUGUCGGCCUGACUCCAGUCUUCACUGCAUCGAACUGGUGUGCUGAUGUCACCCAGACUCCAGUUCGCACCACGUCUGACUGGAGCUUUGAUGCCCGCCUGACUCCAGCAUGCUCCACAUCAGACUGGAGCAUUGACGUCACAGAGAUUCCAGCACACACUGCAUCAAACUGGAGCGUUGGCGUCUCCCAGACUCCAGUACGCACUGCGUUAGACUGGAACAUCGAUGCUGGCCUGACUUCAGCAAGAACAUUGUCAAACUGGAGCAUUGAAAUUACCCAGACUCCACCAGGCACCACGUCAGACUGGAACAUUGACGUCACCUGGAUUCCAGCAUGCACAGCAUCAGACUGUAGCGCUAACAUCACCCAGAGUCCAGUUCGCACCACGUCAGACUGGAGUGCUGACAUCACCCGGACUCCAGUCCGUCGCACCCCUUCCGACUGGAGCAUCGAUGUCACCCAGACUCCAGUACACACCGCUUGUGAUUGGAGCACCAAUGUCACCCAAACUCCAGGUAGUCCCACAGAGGUCUUUGUGCCACCUCUGACAAGACAACUGGAGAAUAAUGAAAAGACAACUGUGGUAAUCAAUUCCCGUCACUAUGUGAUCGGCGACAUACUGGGUGAAGGAACCUUUGGAGCUGUGUAUGAGGGGAGUCGACUGCUGGAUGGCUUUAAGGUGGCAGUGAAAAUUGUCACAAAGACAGAGGAUUUGGAAUACAUCAGUAUUCCAUGUCAUUCCAAGCCCCUCCCACUAGAGGUUGCACUGCUCAUCCUCGCAAACAGAGACCCCAGUGUUCCAGAAAUAAUCCAGCUACUGGACUGGCAGGACCAGCAUGACUAUUAUAUUAUGGUACUUGAGCGCCCCUCACCCUGUGAGGACCUGUUUGAUUUUGCGGAACACCACGGAGGCAGCAUUGAUGAAGGCUUAGCUCGUGUCGUCAUGCGGCAGGCAACACAAGCUGCGUACAUGUGUUGCCACCGUGGUGUUUUACACCGUGAUAUCAAACUUGAAAAUCUGCUGAUCAAUAAGGAGACCCAUGAAGUCAAGCUAAUUGACUUUGGGUGUGGCGAACUCCUUAAGAAAUCGGCCUACAAGAUAUUUACUGGCACUGAUCAAUACUGCCCCCCAGAGUAUGAGGAGAAGGGCGAGUACAAUGGGAAGCCAGCGACAGUCUGGUCCCUUGGUGUUCUACUGUUUGCACUGGUGUGCGGGGACUAUCCCAAUACUGAUGACCUGCACAUGAUCAAUGCACACAACUAUUCCAAAGCUGGCUUGUCAGAAGAAUGCUGCCAUUUGAUUAGUUCUUGUCUCCAGCGAGAGCCAGACCAGCGACUUCGAUUAAGCAAAAUUCUUCUCCACGACUGGUUCAAGGUCACAGGCGAGGAGAACCUGAAAACAGUAUAAAGAAAAGGACAGGAGCACCUUCAGUCGUGAGCUCCUGCCUCAGCCAACCCAGUCCCAGAGCUCCCUAUCAUGGCCACCCUGGAGGAUAUUGUCAAGUCAACAAGCAAGGCGACUU